UCGACGUGUAGACUAAACCCCCACCCAAUUGCUUCUUCCCUAUUCUCCUUUCACUUCCUCACAAACCCACAAACAUAAUCUCGAGAAAAUCACUCGAAUCACUGGUUUUGUUUUAUCUCAAAGAAUCCGCCAUUGUUACAACCUCGAUGAACAAAGCCGAAUCUUCUCAAAUGACCCACAAGGUCAACCGAAGCACGUCAUCAUCAUCACCAACAACAAAUGAACAGAGCCAAGAACACAUGAGAUUGCUUAUGGAAGCUUCUGACUUGGAGAAGAAACAGAGCUUGGAAACCCUAACGACGUUGCCCUCGGAAGCUCCGGAUUCGGGCAAGAGACAGAGCGUGUCAUCGGCAGAGAAGCAACGACUAGAACAAGUACAGGACCAAGAAAUUCAAGAACAAGAACAUCAAGAAGCUGAAAGAGGUGGUGAUAAUGGGAGAGAGAGGCUAAAGAGACACAGAAGAAAAGUUGCGGGGAGGGUUUGGAUCCCGGAGAUAUGGGGACAAGAAGAGUUCCUCAAAGAUUGGAUCGAUUGUUCGGCCUUUGACUCGUGUUUGGUCCCCACUGGAAUCUCCUCCGCUCGUGCCGCUCUCGUCCAGGAAGCUCGCCGAGCUCCUUCCCAUGGCACAUUCCGACUCCAGAAUCGGUGCUCGAUCUUACACUGAAUAUAUAUAUAUAUAUAUAUAUAUAUGUCCUUGUUUUUUUUUCAAAUCAGACAUACUAAUUCUCGGAAGCUUCGAUGGACUUGUGCUUUGUUAUAUUGUUCGAUUGAUGGUUGAUGUAUUUACUCAAGAACACACCGAGAUUUUAUCGAAAUGCAAAAUGCCUUCGAGUUCGUUUUCGUUGUAAAUCUCGUGGUAGAUAUCUAGUCAAUGAUUUUAUAUUUGAUUAUAGAUAUAUGGAAAUGCUUGUU